UCGACGUUUUCACAUCCUUAGUUAUUAGAACCAAUAACAAAAAUUCUAGAGUGCAUUUGAUUUUAUUAGUUUGUAGUUAAGUUACAUAGCAAAAUGCUCGUCUAUUUCGGAUCCCUAAAUUAAAGAAGCUGCCGUUGCACGUUGCCACGCCCCCACCCAAACCAGCCAACCACCCCCCGCCUCCGCCCACGACCAGAUAGAAAGAGAGAGAGGGAUACAAAGCAACAACAACACAUAAAGAAAACGAAAGAUUUCCGCAAGGAACCACCAAUAAAAACAACAAAUUGCUUUGGUUACGAGUAACUGCAAAAACAACAAGAGAUUAAAUCGGAAUAAAAAACUGUGCUCUCUGCGUGUGUGAGGUGUGUGUUUGUGUGUGUGUGGUGCGUGCAUUACAAUAAUUGCACAAAAACCAAGACAAACGUGGGGCGGGGGUGUUUGUAAGCGUGAGCGAGCUCGACAUUUAGUAAGAACGACGGAGGCAGCACGACACGGCAACAACAAAGGGCUGUGAUUUUUUCCCCCCCGCCCCGCCCCCUCUUCACACUGGCGUAUUUACCAAAUAAACAGGGCAUAAGCUAGAACAACAAAAUUACCAGUCGGCAACAACAAAUCGAAAAGGUUAACGAGGGUGAAGAGAGUCGUUGGAAAACUGGCUGUUUAAUAAAAAGCGCAAUGGAUGUCCUGGAAAUGCUGCGCGCCAGCGCCAACGGCGGCUACAAUACUCUCUUCUCGGACGCGUGGUGCCAGUACGUUUCCACGCAGAUCACAGCAACGAUGUACAUGUACUGCGCGUUGGGCGUGCUGGCCAUGCUGUUCCUCGCCUGGUUUAUGUACUUCAAGCGGCUGGCGCGUCUGCGGCUGCGCGACGAGAUUGCCCGCUCCCUCAGCGCAGUGACCUCCUCGUCUGGCGGGGAUCUGCGGGGCCUGCGAUUCCGGAAGCGGGACAAGAUGCUCUUCUACGGACGGCGCAUGCUGCGCAAGAUGAAGAACGUCAGCGGCCAAAUGUACAGCAGUGGUAAGGGCUACAAGCGCCGGGCUGUGAUGCGAUUUGCCCGCAGGAUACUGCAGCUGCGGCGGGACAAUAUGCCGCUGGAGAUGCGCACCGUGGAGCCGCCGGCGGAGUAUCUGGAGGAGACCAUCGAGGGCAGCGACAGAGUGCCGCCCGAUGCCCUCUACAUGCUCCAGAGCAUCCGCAUCUUCGGGCACUUCGAGAAACCCGUCUUCCUGCGCCUCUGCAAGCACACCCAACUGCUGGAGCUGAUGGCCGGCGACUAUCUGUUCAAGAUCACCGACCCGGACGACAGUGUCUACAUCGUCCAGUCGGGCAUGAUCAACGUGUACAUCUCGAAUGCCGACGGCAGCACCCUGUCCCUGAAGACGGUGCGCAAGGGCGAGUCGGUGACGUCGCUGCUCAGCUUCAUCGAUGUGCUGUCGGGGAAUCCCAGCUACUACAAGACGGUCACCGCCAAGGCCAUUGAGAAGUCGGUGGUCAUUCGGCUGCCCAUGCAGGCCUUCGAUGAGGUGUUCCAGGACAAUCCGGACGUGAUGAUCCGCGUCAUCCAGGUGAUCAUGAUCCGGCUGCAGCGUGUCCUCUUCACCGCCCUGCGCAACUACCUCGGCCUGAAUGCCGAACUGGUGCAAAAUCACAUGCGGUACAAGAGCAUCUCGACGAUCGGUGGGCCGAUGAACUCGCAGUGCUCGCAAUCCUCCCGCCAACCGCCCAAUGGUCCCCCCACGGUGGUCACCCAGCUGAAUCUGAUGCAGUCUGCCGCCUCGAUGCCCGGCUCGGUAUCCGGAUCGGGAGCGGGUGUUUCAGUGACCGUGACCCGGCCACCGCCAUCGCCAUCGCGACACUCGCGCGAGGAGCACACGCUGUCCGAUCCGAAUCCCAAUCCGGACACUGGCAGUGUUCCGGGCGCGAGCAAUCUGUUCACCGAGGUGCACGGCGAUGCACCCAAUGCGGACCUGUUCCACCAGCAGCAGCACUCGGUGGGCAAUCUGUCGACGCGUCGCGGUUCCAUCACCCAGGUGACGCCCGACGGGGCCCAGUCCCAUCACAGUCACGUCCCGGGGGCAGCUCCCUCGAUAGACAUGCGACUGGUGCAGUCGUCGGCGGUGGAUAGCCUGCGCAAGGAGCUGGGUCUGCCCGAGAAGGAUGCGCACAUCAUUGAACCCUUUGUGGAGGUGCGCGAGCUGGAGCCGAACGUCACCCUCAUCACGGAGGGCAAUGCGGACGAUGUGUGCGUGUGGUUCGUGAUGACCGGCACCCUGGCCGUCUACCAGAGCAACCAGGAUGCCACGCGAGCCAAGCCGGACAAGAGCGACAUGCUCAUCCACUUUGUGCAUCCCGGCGAGAUCGUUGGCGGCCUGGCCAUGCUGACGGGCGAGGCCAGUGCGUACACCAUUCGAUCGAGGAACAACAGCAGGAUAGCCUUCAUCCGUCGCGCGGCCAUCUACCAGAUAAUGCGACAGCGACCCCGCAUCGUUUUGGAUCUGGGCAAUGGGGUUGUGCGCCGCCUGUCGCCGCUGGUGAGGCAGUGUGACUACGCCCUGGACUGGAUCUUUCUGGAGUCGGGCAGGGCUGUCUAUCGCCAGGACGAGAGCAGCGACAGCACAUACAUCGUGCUGAGCGGACGCAUGCGGUCGGUGAUCACGCAUCCGGGCGGCAAGAAGGAGAUCGUCGGCGAAUACGGCAAGGGGGAUCUCGUGGGCAUCGUCGAAAUGAUCACGGAAACGUCGCGCACCACGACGGUGAUGGCUGUGCGCGACUCGGAGCUGGCCAAGCUGCCCGAGGGCCUGUUCAAUGCCAUCAAGCUGCGCUACCCCAUCGUGGUGACCAAGCUGAUCAGCUUCCUCAGCCACCGCUUCCUCGGCUCGAUGCAGACGCGCUCGGGCAGCGGGGCGCCGGGCGCGCCCGUCGAGGCCAAUCCCGUCACGCACAAGUACUCUACGGUGGCCCUGGUGCCCAUCACCGACGAGGUGCCGCUGACGACCUUCACCUACGAGCUCUACCACUCGCUCUGUGCCAUAGGACCCGUCCUGCGUUUGACCUCCGAUGUGGUGCGCAAGCAGCUGGGUCCGAACAUCUUCGAGGCGGCCAACGAGUACCGGCUGACGUCGUGGCUGGCGCAGCAGGAGGACCGCAACAUCAUCACGCUCUACCAGUGCGACAGCUCGCUGAGCCCGUGGACACACCGAUGCAUGCGGCAGGCGGACGUCAUCCUGAUCGUGGGCCUCGGCGAUCGCACCCAUCUGGUCGGGAAGUUCGAGCGCGAGAUCGACCGGCUGGCGAUGCGAACGCAGAAGGAGCUGGUCCUGCUCUAUCCGGAGACCACCAAUGCCAAGCCGGCCAACACGCUGAGUUGGCUAAAUGCCCGGCCCUGGGUGACCAAGCACCACCAUGUGCUGUGCGUCAAGCGCAUCUUUACGCGCAAAAGUCAAUACCGCAUUAAUGAUCUCUACAGUCGCGUCUUGCUGUCCGAGCCGAACAUGCAUUCCGACUUCUCGCGUUUGGCCCGCUGGCUUACGGGCAACUCGAUUGGCCUUGUGCUGGGCGGCGGUGGGGCGCGCGGAGCCGCCCACAUUGGCAUGCUGAAGGCCAUCCAGGAGGCGGGCAUACCCAUCGACAUGGUGGGCGGCGUGAGCAUCGGCGCCCUGAUGGGAGCGCUGUGGUGCUCGGAGCGUAAUAUCACCACGGUUACGCAAAAGGCGCGCGAGUGGUCAAAGAAAAUGACAAAAUGGUUCCUACAACUGCUGGACCUCACCUACCCGAUCACAUCGAUGUUUUCUGGACGAGAGUUCAACAAGACGAUCCACGACACUUUCGGGGACGUGAGCAUCGAGGACCUGUGGAUACCCUACUUCACCCUCACCACCGAUAUUACCGCCAGUUGCCAUCGCAUUCAUACUAAUGGAUCUCUGUGGCGUUACGUACGCUCCUCCAUGUCGCUCAGUGGUUACAUGCCGCCGUUGUGCGAUCCUAAAGAUGGGCACCUCUUGCUGGAUGGCGGCUAUGUGAAUAAUCUGCCAGCCGAUGUGAUGCACAAUCUGGGGGCUGCUCACAUAAUCGCCAUCGAUGUGGGAUCCCAGGACGACACCGAUCUGACCAACUACGGCGACGACCUCAGCGGUUGGUGGCUGCUCUACAAGAAGUGGAACCCGUUCACAUCGCCCGUGAAGGUGCCCGACCUGCCGGAUAUCCAGUCCCGUCUCGCCUAUGUUUCCUGUGUUCGCCAGCUGGAGGAAGUUAAGAACUCCGACUACUGCGAGUACAUCCGACCGCCGAUCGACAAGUACAAGACCCUGGCCUUCGGCAGCUUCGACGAGAUCCGGGACGUGGGCUACGUGUUCGGGAAGAACUACUUCGAGAACAUGGCCAAGGCGGGUCGGCUGGGCCGGUUCAACCAGUGGUUCAACAAGGAGCCACCCAAGCGGGGCAACCACGCCUCCCUCAGCGAGUACACGUUCAUCGAUCUGGCGCAGAUCGUGUGCCGGCUGCCGGAGACGUACGCUGUCAAUACGGCGGAGCUCUUCAGCGAGGACGAAGACUGUGAUGGCUACAACUCGGAGCCAACGACGCUCAACACGGAUCGACGGCGCAUCCAAGUGACGCGUGCCGGCAACUCGUUAUCCUUCUCCGAGACCGAACUGGACUCGGACGUGGAGAUCGACCUGAAGCUGGAGCGCAAGAUGGACAGGGCCACUCAGUCGUCGCCGCCGACGUCCAGCAGGUCGGCCCGAGAAGAGGCUAGACGGAUGGAGGACCAUCGGGAGCAUCGGGAACAUCGGGAUCGCAAUUGGCAUUGGCACAAUGACGCGAUUGAUAGCGGAGCCACUGCAGCUGCACACACUCUGACCGAGCAGAACCAGCAGGAUCACGUGGCGAGGACAGAGCAGCAGCUGGUCGACAAGGAUGAGAACAAGGAGAACCGGAGCAGUGCGAAUAACGAAACCAAAAACUAGCUUUAUAGACAAAACCAAUCGAGGCGGGGAUAUCUACUCAACAAAUGGCGGCAGGAGCUACAAGCCGAGGAUGACGAGGUGCCUUCCGCUUGCCAGACGCCCAAAUGGCCAACUUCAGCAACCAACCAACCAACCAACCAACCAACCAACCAACCAACCAACCAACUGCAACUACUCAAUCAUCCAAUCUCCAACGAAACAAAACUAAAUGGCAAUGACAAGGAAAUUUGUUAACCUCUAGGUUUUAUAGCAACCAAGACUUAGGCUUAGCUUAGCAUUUGGAAUUAUAACCCAUUCUGCAUCCUGCAUCCCCCAUCCAAUCCUCAUUCCAUAUUCCCCCCAUCCACCCACCCACACACAACACACUCAAUACACAUUGUAAUGGAGGCACAAGAAGUCCACAAACUUUGUAUAUACAUAUAGUUAUAUAUUUUUACUGAAGCAACCGAUAUUGUAGCCUCGAAACUGAGACUCCUUUGCAAUGAGAGCCCCCAACAAAAUCCCGCCCCCUGUUUGCCGCACACUUGUGUAGUCUCUCUAUUAUUUUAGGUAAGCAAAUCGUUUGUUUAGUGGUCGGAUUUUUUUUGUAAGUGCAAGCAAAUAAAUUUAAAUAAUUGAAAGUACAAAAACCAA